GAAAGCCCACCUGUUCCCGCCACUCAGGCAGCGAGACCUAAAGGCUUCUAACUGCAGACUGCAGAACCGGCUGAGAAAGCAUUCGGUGGCCGACAAACAUGAAUGUCUGUUCUCUGGGACUGGGAGCCCUGUUUCUGCUCUCUCUUCUUCUAACAGAGUGCUGGGGCAGGAAUGAGGAGGAGCGUCUGAUCCACCACCUGUUUAAAGAACAAGCCUACAACAAGGAGCUGCGGCCGGUGGAGAAACAGGGCGAUGCGGUGGACGUCUAUCUCGCUCUCACACUCUCCAACCUCAUCUCUCUGAAAGAGGUGGAUGAAACGCUGCUCACCAACGUGUGGAUGGAACACACCUGGGCGGACAGCAGGCUAGCCUGGAACACGUCAGCGUUCGAUGACAUCGACGUUCUGCGUCUCCCACCCAGCAUGGUGUGGCUGCCUGAGAUAGUCCUGGAGAACAAUAACGACGCCCAGUUCCAGGUGGCCUACUACUGUAACGUGCUGGUGUAUCCAGACGGGAGUGUGUACUGGCUCCCUCCCGCCAUCUUCCGCUCCUCCUGCUCCAUCAACGUCAACUACUUCCCCUUCGACUGGCAGAACUGCACCCUGAAGUUCACGUCUUUGACCUACAAUGCCAAGGAGAUCACUAUGCACCUGAGGGUGGAUAGUGAUGAAGAGAAUCCUAAUAAAUCCUACAAGGUGGAGUGGAUCAUUAUCGACCCUGCCGGAUUCACAGAGAACGGAGAGUGGGAGAUCAUCCACAAGCCGGCCAGGAGGAACAUCUACAAGAACAUUCCCAUGGAGAGCAACAAGCACCAGGACAUCACCUUCUACCUCAUCAUCAAGCGCAAACCUCUGUUCUACAUCGUCAACAUCAUCAUCCCCUGCGUGCUCAUCUCCUUCAUGGCCUCGCUGGUCUACUACCUCCCAGCCGACAGUGGUGAGAAGAUGACUCUGUCCAUCUCAGUGCUGUUGGCCCAGUCUGUGUUCCUGCUGCUGAUCUCACAGAGGCUUCCGGAGACUUCUAUGGCUAUACCGCUCAUCGUCAAGUACCUGAUGUUCAUCAUGGUUCUGGUCACCAUCGUGGUGUUGAACUGUGUGGUCGUCCUCAACCUGCACUUCAGGACCCCCAGCACUCACGUCAUGACCUCCUGGACCAAAGAGUUCUUCCUGGAGAGGUUGCCCCGCAUCCUCCGCAUGUCGCGGCCGGCGGAUGCAGAGCCCACCUGGGAGGGGGCAUUGCCACGGCGAUCGAGCUCCGUGGGCUACAUCGCCAAGGCGGAGGAGUACUACAGCGUGAAGUCUCGCAGCGAGCUGAUGUUUGAGAAACAGUCAGAGAGACACGGGCUGACCGCACGGACCACACCUGCUGCAGUGGAGAAGCCGCAGACGGAUGGCGAGGUGACAGAGCAGCUGUACUCUGAGAUGAAGCCAGCUGUGGACGGAGCCAACUACAUCGUUAAACACAUGCAUGACAAGAAUGAUUACAACGAGGAGAAGGAUAACUGGAGUGGGAUCGCCCGCACCGUCGACCGUCUGUGUCUGUUCCUGGUCACUCCGGUGAUGACGGCAGGCACCAUCGUCAUCUUCCUCAUGGGCAUCUACAACCACCCCCCUCCCCUGCCCUUCGAAGGAGACCCCUAUGACUACAAGGAGACCAACCCUCGCUACUGACACGCGCGGCGCUCACACACUUACACACUGUAUACACACAUUGUAUACACAUACUGUACACCUACACACACACCUACUCACACUGUACAUACACUUACCUUACAUAUACAGACAUACACACAUUCACCAAUAAUCUCUUUCUUUCUUCUGUGUGUGAUUUAAUCAUGUUUAUUUCAUUUAAGAUAGUUUUGACAUUUUGUGUUCUUUUGUGUGCCAAAGGCAGCAGUGUUUUGGACCUUACAUCACUGGCUUAUACUCAGUCAAAUGUGAACUUGCAUUAAAUAUCUAGUACUUUCAAGUGAGUGAUGUUUACAUUUACAUUUAGUCAUAGCAGACGCUCUUAUCCAGAGCGACUUACAGUAAGUACAGGGACAUUCUCCCCAAGACAAGUAAGGUGAAGUGCCUUGCCCAAGGACACAAUGUCAUUUGGCACGGCCAGGAAUCGAACCAACAACCUUCUGAUUAAUAGCCCGACUACCUAACCGCUCAGCUAUCUGACCCCCAUGUAUAAGCAUUGUCAGUCUGGUACAAGGAGAUAAAGAAUCGAUCCAGGCUGUGCCCUGUAGGUGGCAGUGUUGUCCUGUCUGACCUUCAGUGGUGACCCUUGACCCAGACCAGUCUCAGAGCUGCUGAUAACAACCUCUCCCAGAGGUGGGUUCUCAUGGUGUCUGAAAGAUCUGCUGAUUUCACAAGUCUUAAAAGUCUGCUGUUUCACUUCUCCAAGGACGGUUUCCAAGUAGGUUUCUCCUCUGGGUGUUUUCAUAAUGGCUGGCACGUUGCAUCUGGAACAGAUCCAAACUUUUUGGAUUUGUAAACAUGACAGGCUGUCCAGGGUAUCCAACCCUAAAUGAUGACCAGAGGAACAGUCUGUGGAGAAGACCCAGCAACACAGAUAUCCAGCCUGACUGGGUUUCCUGUCUGGACCGGCGUCGUGAAUGGAUGAAGCUUGACAGCUGAUUGGUCUGUUUUAAUGAGGACAGCUGUAUGUCAUGUGUUUGUUCUGUUUUGGUGAUGAGGAAACGGCCACAUAGUGACCCAGGUGGAGCUGAACGUCACCAGGCUCACUGCUUCAAUGUGGCCAGUUCAGAGGAGCUAACCACCCACACACAGGCUCUCUGACCCUCUAAAUACUAAACAUUGGCAUUCAAAUAAAACCAAUGAUGAAAUAUGCACAUCUAAUUGUUUCAAAUAGCAGGGCUAUUCUAUUCCAAGGAAUACAUUUUAAGUAAAAAAAUAUUUCA